AUGCCACUCCAAACAGUCCUCCAAUCCCUGCUAGCGUCCUCCACCUCCCUAGUUGCCCUCAAGACCCUAACCGUCGGAUCCAUCGGCCUCUUCGCCGGCCAAGCCCUCUCCUACAAUGCCGUCAUUAUGCCCGCCCUCCGGACCAUCCCUCCCCUAACAGCCCUCCCUGUCUGGGCAAAAUCCUACAACGCCGGCAAGAACAUUCAAGUCGGUCUUAUCUUCACCUCGCUCCUUGCUGGGUUGCCUGUUUAUUACAAGACCGGGAAUGCGUUCUUCUUGAUGGGUCCGCUUGUGAUGGGUGCGAUUAUCCCCUUCACGAUGGCGUUUAUCAUGCCAGUGAAUCGUACGCUUUUGGGGAUCCUGGAUGGAACUGAGGGAAAGGCGACGACGGGCAAGAACGGCAAGAACGGUCACCAGAGUAGCCACGGAAAGGGGGAGGGAGACUUGAAUGAGUUGUAUGUCAAGUGGGAUCUGUUGCAUUUUGGAAGGACGGUGAUGAGUCUUGCAGCUUUGGGUUUGACGCUUUAUGGGUCGUAUUCUCGCCAUGCUCUUACCAUGUUCCAAUAA